ACCGCUGCAAUCACGUUUCUUAUCUCAUAAACCUAAAUUUUUGUUCUCUUUAGAACAACCUCUAGCCGCCAUUCUUCAAGUUUUUGAGAUCAAAUCAUAAUCAUUCAUCAACUCUUGCUUUCAUUAGCUUCAUUAUAAUUCGAUUGUUCUUCGUCGAUCCACACCAACUCAGCGAGCUCUAUCAUCGCGACGUUUCGAAAUUGAUUAAGACCCGUCGACUGUUCGUACUUCAGAGGCGAACCAGAGUUAGAUUGCUUGUCAGGAUCACGUGGAUUUAGCAAGCAGAAUGAAUACUCGUACUCGUGCUGCGGCUCAGCAAAAUGCUGAGGCUGAUGACGCGAUCUCUAUGGAGGUGGAUCAGAAUGAACCAGAGGUUCAUGCUGGUAGAGGACUAGCAGGCAGAGGCCCAGCUGGUCGGGGUCGAGCUGGUCGAGGUCGUGGUGGCCGAGGCCAAGCUGGCAGAGGUAGAGGCAGAGGCGUAGGACGCGGUGCUGCAGGAGGUGCUCAAGCGCCAGGUGUGGCACAACCUGAGUUGGGCGACUUCGACUUCAACACGUUUUUGGCUGGAGUCGCGGCGUUACAACUCAACCAGGUUCAGCUGCAAGCGGGACAGGUCGCUUUGCAGGAUCAGUAUGCGGUUUUGGGUCAGAUUGCCCAGCAACAGCAACCACAGGCUGGUGGUGCAGUAGUUGGUGGUGUUGGAACCACUGACAGGGAUCUGGUAUUGGCUUACAUGAGGCUAAAGCCAACGGAGUUUGACGGUUCUGGAGACGCGCUGGAUUUUCUAGAGGAGGUUGAGCAGAAUGCUCGGCGACUACAGGCUACGGAGCGUCAGACCGUCGUUCUUGUAGAGAUGUCAAUGAAGGGUUCAGCCGGAAACUGGUUUCGUAGCUCUGUUCAUGCUGACAUGGCUACCAUCUCUUGGGCUCAGUUUGUGGCGAGAUUCAGAGCUUUCUUCUUGCCGUUUUCAGUGACAGAGGGUUGAUAGGUGCAUUUUACACCUAUGUU